UUUCUGAAGCUAUGUUUUACAUAAAAUUUUACGUUUGAAGGAUGGUGAGAUUUAUAGUCGUCAUCUCCAUUUUGUUAACGCUGGCUGAAAUACACUCUUCGGAUACAGGCGAAUACAAGGAUUUGAGCGACUGUUUUACCUGGGGUAAAAAGUUUGCACCUACUCCGGAAAUGAAGUUGCAGCCGAUUGAGGCCCUCGUGUUCACAGAAGUUAAAAAACCGCUUAAUCUGAUCCGCGAGUGCUAUCACAACUCCACGUGCUUAUUCGUCACGUGCGAUAAUACAGUGAUGGACAAUGUCACGUGCAAUGUGUGGCCUGGUUGGACCGGGUUUACUACGGAUUACUUUAUUGACGAGAAAAACGCACUGGUUAGUCAUCUUCCAAGUUGGACUUACAACACGACAUGUCAAUAUUGGAGUUACAGAGACACGUUGCAGCACUGUUUGGAGUAUUUUAUCCCGCCUUCAGUUGAAUUGAACGCCAAAAAACAUAAUGUUGUGAAGACCACAAGUUUAGUAGCUUGUUAUGACACAUGUAAAAAUUCAAAAAAACGGAUUGGCUUCACUUACUACUGGAAAAGCAAUGAUUGUUGGAUACACGAUAAAGUCUUCGGGACAGUCUUGUCAAACAACGAAACAUCACGUUCAUAUUCCUUAGUGUCAGCCCGAAUGGGUUGCCUGUUUCAAGAUAGCAUUGAUGAAGUUUGUUACAAACGUGAAAUAAGUUAUCGCGGAGAUGAACUGGAGGAAUUGAGAAAGGGUUCUGUUACUCAAGAAGCCAUCGACUUUCGAUACGCCUACCGGAAUCCCAGUAUUUGCAACAAAAGAUGCAUGGAGUACAACGGUAACUGCUUCUUUUUUACGCUGGAUGUUAUUACUCUCAAAUGUACACUUCACGGCCCCAAUGUGACGGCUGAGGACAACAUAUUCUCCUAUACUGCCAACUGGGCCUGUUUGUCUGGCCUGCAAUGCCCCGAUGCGAUAACAGGAGAACUUUAUAAGGAACUGGAAAUAAAAUGCUUACUUCCAAAAAGAAAAGCAAAAAAUAGAAUCUGGAGAAUUGAUGGCAUUCCUGUAGAAACAAAUGAUCCCAGUUUCGAGAUGAAGUACCUGGACCCCUCAAAUAGUGACUCCGGCUAUGUAUCACUGUUUAUUCACAACGUGACAGAACGACAAAUAGAGGUGAACAUAACAGUAAAAAUGAAACAUGAGCACAGUCACGUUAUCAAGGUGACUUCUAUUUUGUACAAAGAACCCCCUAUGUUGGAGCCCUUUGAUGUUACGGAAUCGAAAAUCGACAUGACUGAAUUACAAGUAUACAACAUGAGUGAACCCGAGCAAUUCCGUCUACCAGAGGGCUACGUAACGUACGGCGCAGAUCUUGCAACUGACGGCAACAUUUACACCUGCUUUUGGUCAAAGUCAAGUGGUGCUGAUGACCUCGCUUUCUUCAGCAUGGCCUUUGAAAAGCCGUAUUUUGUGGACGAGGUUAAGGUUCACAUGAUGUUCUUCAUAUCAAGUGGUCUAAGAGAGCAGUGGCUUGACGGGGGAAAUUACGAUUACGACAAUUGUCAUCUCACCGCUGAUCACUAUUAUGCUUGCAAAGAAAAUGACGGCCCUUUGAAGGUGGUCAUGAGAAACUGUUCAGACUCCGAUUGUUCAGUCUAUGAUGAAUAUUUCUGCGGUGAAAUUAAUACAAACCAAGGACUCUCGCAGGAAGACCAGAUCUACAAGGUGUCAUGCAGAUCUGUUGGAGAUAUGUUGGUAGUUCUACGAGAAACCCCAGGAAACGUCCGUAUAUGCGAGUUACAGAUCAGCAAUUAUCCCCAAGAAUGCCCCGACAGAAACUAUCUCACCUUCCCUGGUCACGUGUGCCUGCCUUGUCCUGACCGUUACAACAGCCUCCCCUACUCGUGCCAGCACGGGGAAUGGGAAUGUGAUCCUGAUACCAACCUUGCCGAACACAUUUAUAUGUGCUCCUCUGACUUCGCUACCUGGGAUCUCACUUCUGUCGCUGACGAUGAGGUGAACGGUGACGUCACACUUUCCUGGAAUCCCGAGAUCCCUGACAAUUAUACUCAGUUCCCCCCUGCCAACGCGUUUGAUCGUCACUUAUACACUUGUGUUGCCUUAACAAGCACUGAAUUGUACGGAGGGCCUUCUCUGUGGUUGAAAGUGAACCUUGGAGAUCUUUAUAUGGUGAAAAAUGUAACCGUUUACACUGUUUUUGAGGAUGACUGGUUCUUCUAUCCUCCUAGACGGUACGGGUGUCACACGAAUAAUGGAGACUACGAGAACUGCAAGGAAGCGGAGAUAAAUUCUGUGAUUACUUUGUACGACGGAGAAACUGAGGUGAAGGAGUGUGGGGUUCUAGCUAUAUCAGCUGCCGAUACUCUCCAAGCCGAUCAGAUCUACACUGUAACAUGUAACGGGAGGGGUGAUUCAAUCAUCCUGUCUGCAGGAACUUCUGCUCUGAGAAUAUGUGAGGUCGUUGUGGAAUCAGGAGAACAGAACUGCACGACUGACCAGUUUUUCGAGGAGAGUAGCAACACGUGUCACAGCUGCCCUGAGGGCGAGCUGAGUUACGGUUGUCAAACUGGGACCUGCUCCUCUGACAGGACUACACUGUCUUCCAGCAUGUGGGAGCCAACAGCUGAAUACACCAUCGACUAUGAAGCCACUGCUGUGAGUAUACUUGAGGGUGCCCUGGAAAAAACGACAAUCGAGGAGAUCGAAGAAUCUCUUUUGUUUCUGUCGGACAAAGACUUAUCGACGGUGACCGAUUUGGUUGGUGUAACCGACUGGAUACAGUUGGAUCUGGGAGAAAAUUGGAAAAUAGGGGGCUUCACUAUUCACACAAUGUUCUUCAGUGAUUGGUUUUUUUGUCCUACACAGCCCUGUCUCCACAGCAUAUCAAAUUAUGAGAGCUGCAAAGACGAAGAAUCAAUCUCUAUAUCAGUGGGUUUUGAAACUUCCGAUCGGUUUGAGAUGAACCCAACACACGAUUUGACUCAAAACGGUCAGAUUUACAAUUUCGAAUGCAAUGUUGUCGGUCAGUACAUAGGGUUCUUCUCUCUGUCUUUAUUUCGGAUUUCCGAAAUCGUAGUUCUGAGGGGCACAGCUGAACUGUGCAAAGCUAACCACUUCUUAAAAGAACCGAACAACAUAUGUCUUCAAUGUGAUUCUGGGCUGUACAGUCACGGGUGCUCUUCCACGAGUUGUACUGAGGAUAGGGUUGAGGUCUCAACCAGUCAUUGGGAGCCAUAUGGAAUCGGAGAAGAACCAGAGAAACUACAGCCAGAAUCUGUAUCACAAAGUAUAACCACACUAUCCCAAAAGGCGUCGUAUGCUACAGACAAUGAUCUGUCUACUUACUCCCUAGCCUCCGCCUCCGAUAGUGACAUUUGGUUCAAAGUGGAGUUUUCCCAGGAUAAAAACGUUUUUCUGUACGCGGUGCAAGUUUUUCAAGAGUUCUACUCAGACUGGUUCUAUUGUCAAGACCCGGAAGAUUAUUGUCGUGUGAGCCAGGAAAAUUAUCAGGAGUGCAAAAACAAAGGGACGGAUAUUCAAGUGGACGUUUACUCAGACGAUACCUUGAUCAACAACUGUGGUACUAUUGAACUAACUGACGGACUAACUCAAACCAGUCAAGAAUACCAAAUCAGUUGUGGAUAUGAAGGAAAUGCAGUCCUCUUCAGCAAAUCAACGUCUGGCGAAGGUUGGAUCAAGCUAUAUGAAGUGGUUGCGUAUACACAAGCACAAGACUGCCCUGGCGGUCAGCACCUUGUAGCAGAAACCAACACUUGUGUGCUGUGUCUGGAGAACACUUACAGUGCGGGUGGUUUCCUCACCCUUGAGUGUACUUCAUGCCCUGAGGGGUUUACUGCUCCGGCAGGGUUCGCUUCUGAAGAGAGUGACUGUGAAUUGGAUUACGUUGAUGUUGUCGUAGGACCCUACUCCAUCGGGGAGACAGUUGUGCAAGAGGGACUCGAUCUCCUUGGAACCACCACCCUUGCUCAACAUGUACAGGGGAAACAUUUCAAACACCUUCUUCGGAUAAGCUGGUUUCAAGACAGAGUAACAGUUGAAAGCUUAUGUAACGACAACACAAUGUCAAUAGUGUGCGAGGCAGAGGAUCAAGUUAUGGUCGUCACAGAAUUGGAGCACCACUUCAUGUUAUACUUUUACUCUCUCGUAGAAGAUCAAAAUGAUGCGGAUAGUCCCCGUAAAUUUGUAUUGGAUUAUAGUGAGUGUCGAGAGGAAGAGAGGGAAUAUGAAUUAGUUUUUCUCUCGACCAUUCCUUCAUUUGGUCCAACUACUGUGUCAGAUUGUGAGGUUAUUCGCGUUGAUGACCGUUGGGAUCUCUCGAUUGCUGCUGUCCCCAGUCAGCUCCCAGCACAGUCUAUGAGUGAGGUGGAUGUCGGGUGUGAGGCGGGGUAUUUCAAUGGAGGUGAUAAGGUGAUCACCUGUCUGGGAGACAGCUUCUAUAUCGUUCAAAAUAAUGGACCUCUAUGUCUUGCACAGCCAGUGGAAGACCACCAGUUUACUGAUAUAGAUAUAUCACUGAGCGGUGCUUUGCCUGAAUGUAACAAUGCUGAGGGAACUCAGGCAGCAGACUUGGAUCUGACGACUUGCACUGGAGCACAAUCAGCAGAUGGACUUGAAGAGGCUUGGGUUGACUUUCAAUUCGAUGAAAUAACUUAUGUAAACAACGCUAGCUUAUACACUGUCUUUUAUGACAACUGGUAUGAUAACAAUGAGGCGUGUGUGUUAAGCGAAGAGGCGUUUCAGCUAUGCAAGGAAACAGAGGUUGGGACUACAGUAGAUCUUUAUCUGGAAGACGAUUUAGUUAAAUCCUGUGGAAGCAUCACUGAAAAUAAAGGAUUAACGCAAGAAGAGCAGAUAUUUAAAUUUUCCUGUGAUGGAGUAGGAGACAGAAUCAGGAUUAGUAAUCCGAAUUUGGAAGACAAUGGAAUUGUAAAAAUGUUUGAAGUGGUUAUCACUUCACUUGAGUGUGAAGAUCCCGUGACGCCACUAAACGGAAUCUUGAAAUCACAGAAUUACACCCACGUUGAAUUUCAAUGUAACGAGGGUUACAUCCUUCUUGGAAAAUCCUUAUUGACAUGCCAGGAGUCAGAAAGCUGGGAGGACAGUCCUAUUUGUACCCCUGAUUGUGGAGAGGUUCAAGUACCUGAGAAUGGGGUCGUGGAGUCAACAAACGUUACACAAACUACUUUCAAUUGUAACGAGGGCUUCGUUCUUCUGGGGAGAUCAGUUGUGAGCUGUCUUGAAUCCAGAGUUUGGGAAAAUAGCCCUGAGUGUACAAUUGAUUGCGGGGUACCUCAGGCACCUGAUAAUGGCAUUUUGGAAUUAGAAAAUUUCACCCAUGCUACUUUCUCCUGCGAUGAGAGUUACCAUCUAAUUGGGAGUUCGCUGGUUACUUGCCAGGAAUAUGGACAAUGGGAGGAUGGCCCGAAGUGCCAUGUUGAUUGUGGAGAAGCUGAAGCACCCUCGAACGGCGUGAUAGAAUUUCAAAGCUUUGAACUUGUCACAAUCAAAUGCAACAUAGGCUUCGGCUUAUUCGGGGAGUCGACGCUUACAUGCCAGGAGUCUGGAUCGUGGAAAACUGGUUCCAUCUGCUAUUUAGACUGUGGAGAUCCCCAAACACCUCUAAACGGAAUCGUGGAAUCAGAAAACUACACUCACAUUACCUUUCAAUGUAUCGAGGGUUAUCGUCUUCUUGGAAACUCAGUAGUGAGUUGCCUUGAGUCCAGAAAUUGGGAAGACAGUCCGAAGUGCACGAUUUAUUGCGGAGAAGUUCAAACGCCCCAGAACGGGAUGGUGGAAUCAGACAAUUUCACCAUCGCCACUUUUAAAUGUGACGAUGGAUUCACUCGACUUGGAAGCUCAGUAAUCACGUGCCUGGAAACUGGACAAUGGGAGCAACACCCUGAGUGUAUCAUUGAUUGCGGAGACUGUCCAGCACCAGCUGACGGUUUCGUGCAGUUCAUGAACAUGACCAACGCAGUGGUCGAAUGUAACUGGGGUUUUAUAAACAUUGGGAGCACGGACCUGGAGUGUCUUGACACUGGAGAGUGGCAGGAAAGUCCUCUCUGUAUUACUGAUUGCGGCGAGCCUGAGGAUAUCCUAAACGGCUUCAAAGACUUUGAUAACCUCACUAACGCAAGGUUCGUCUGCAAUGACGAUUUUUACCUUGUUGGGAACGAAAUGAUUAGAUGUCUUGAAUCAGAGAUUUGGGAGGAAACGCCUUGGUGUGCCCCUAAUUGUGGGGGAGUAUUGGCACCCGCAAACGGUUACGUUGAAGUUCAAAACCUGACCCGAGCUGUCAUCAUGUGUGAUGAGGGGUAUGCUCUGAGUCUGAGCGGAGGCUCCGUAGUUAGUUGUCUUGGCUCUGGACUCUGGAGCGAAUAUGGUGCUCAAUGCGAAAUCAUACCAUUCUCGAAGUACAUUUAUUAUGAUAAGGAAGAGGGUGCAUUACAGCUAAGCAUGGAUAACCCUGAAUCGAACGAGGGUUUGUUUGGGAUAGUUUCUUUUUCUCAACUCGACCAAGAUUCAAAUGAAGAGGUGCUUGUUGAAGUUGAAUGGUUUUAUGACAAAAUCAAGCUCACAAGCUUUUGUAACGAUGACGUGUUUGUCACAGAAGGGGAAGAACAGAUACUGAUUUUUGCAGAAUUGACUCAAGAUUUUGUGUUUUACUUUGACACCGAAGAAGGAAGUGACAGUGAUCUUCCAAAAUAUGUACAGUCAAUUAGUGACUGCAAAGAAAGAUUAACUGACGGUGGUGUGACGUUCAUCUCCACAAACGCACCCAAUUUAAAAGAGUCUGUUCUUCCAGAUUGCGAAGAUGUCAGUGAUCGUUGGGAUCACUCAACUGUUGCGUCUCCCAGUCAGCUUCCAUCAGAGUUCCAGGAUGAGGUGGAUGUCGGGUGUGAGGCGGGGUAUUUUAACGGAGGUGAUAAGGUGAUCACCUGUCUGGGAGACAUAUACUACCAUGUGGGGGAUAAACAACCUCACUGUGAAGCAAGUCCAUUGGUGAAACACCGAGUAAAUAUAACCAGCGCAUCAGUAAGCAGUUCUCUAGACGAAUGUGGUGACGCUUCAGGAUCAGCAGGGCAAGAUAUGAACCUAAAAACCUGCAGCGGAUCAGAAGCAAUUGAUGGCGAGGCUUGGAUUGAGUUUGUUCUUGAUGAAAUGAGAUACGUUAACAAUGUCAGCAUUUUCACUAACUUCUAUGAUAACUGGUACAAUACAAGUGAUCCAUGUGUGGCUAGUGAAGAGGCCUACAGGUCCUGUAAGAUGUUGGAGAGUGGUGUUAUAGUAGACCUUUACCGUAAUGGUGUGUUUGUUAAAACGUGUGGCACAAUAACAACAAAUCAAGACUUCACCCAAGUCGAUCAGACUUAUAGUGUUUCAUGCGACGCAGAAGGAGAUAUGGUGAAAUUGAGGAAAUCUGCAAGUCACGGUUAUAUAAAAGUUUAUGAAGUUGUUGUCACAUCUUUAGAUUGUCCAGAGUUGACUGUUUUGAACGGAAUAGUGACCACUGACCAGGACUCCAGUCAGUACGUUCUUGUCACCUGCGAUCCAACCUGCCGCUAUUACACUCAAACAAGUAUUUUGAAUCUCACGGACGUUGUCGUGGAAGGAAAAGCUCGGUGUCUAAAUGGAAAGUGGACUCCCCUCCCUUACUGUCUUCCAACAUGUGAAUCUAACAUGUGUGAUGACAAGUUGUCCUGCAGGCUGGUCCAUGCUAUCCCUCUCUGUUAUUCGGGUUGCGGAGAAGCCCAGGCUCCUCUAAACGGGACAGUGGAAUUUCAAAAUGAAACCCAUACUACUUAUAACUGUGACGAGGGUUUCUCUUUACUGGGUAGGAGGAUGGUGACAUGUCUUGAGUCAGGGAGUUGGGAGGAAAGGACGUGGUGUUCACCUGAUGAGGGAGGAGGAACUCUAGCUGUCUCCAGACCAGUGUUUGAUGCUACCCGGCUGGUCCGGUGGCUGGGCAGAUGGCGGUUCAGAGCCCGAUGUCCAGGUGGUCAUGUCGUCUGGACGUGUAGGUGUCUUCAAACGGCAGAUUUUCCCGGGAACUGUGAAGGGAGUGAGAUUAGUGUUAAUGGAACAGACUGUUAUUUCACAAACUCUCCCGACAAUAACCUCGUUAAAAUGACGGGAUAUGCAGUUUGUGUGAAAAACAAGACAGUACCAGAUCACUGCGACUAUUUCUCUGAGAUCCCGGAACUAAUCCACACGAGAUCCACAGCUUCAAACCACCCCAGCAUCUCCUGUGCAGUUUCAUCUCACCCUUCUCCUGUUUCCUGUACUGUGGCUGUUAUUGAGGGAGACAGCUUAACUCACUGGAGGGAAUCAGAAGAUGUCACUAAAGGUACAAGUGAGGUGGUGGUAACUGAAGAUGGGGUUUGCUCUGUGAAGUGUUUUGACGAGAGUUUAGGAUCCUGUGUUCUUAGUCUCAUAUGUGCUGCAUCUGGUGAUACGUCUCCGCACAUAAUGGCAAACUGUCCAACGUGCAAAGAAAUGAUCUGCCCUCCGUUUAGGGAUUGCAGGAUCAUUGAUAACCUACCAACAUGUACCAUGGCGUGUGAAGGUUUCCUGGUGCCAGACGGACACGUGAAUAUCACGGGAACGACAGCUGAGGUCACGUGUGACAACAAAUACUCGUACUCUGUGAACAGUAAACACAUGUGUACACUAGACGGCAGAUGGGAACCACUUCCGGGAAAAUGUGUACUGCAAGAUUGUGAGACAUACCAAUGCGAAGAAAACGAAUACUGUAGGCUGGUAACCCCUGAUCCUCCUCCUUAUAUACACAGUGACGACCCUUUCCACAACCCCAUCUCACCUCAAUGCUUCAAAAAGUGUCCUGAGUUCACGAUUCUGAAUGGAUUUGUAGAAAACGACAACAGUAGCGCCUACAUCGUCUGCAAAACGUCAAACUACCGCUUGAGAGGAUCCAGGUCUCUUGAAUGUCUUCCAACUGGUCUAUGGAGUGAUAUAAUCCCAUCAUGUGAUCCUACUUUUUGUAGCGUUAUGAACUGUGAAACUGGCCAAUUCUGUCUUGAAAUGGAAUAUUUCGCCAUUUGCAGAUCAAGAUGUCCAGCUCUCACCAUACAGCAUGGUACAGUUGAUGAUCGCAAUCUCACCGCACUCAUCACAUGCGACAUCGGCUAUUUCCCUGAUUAUAGUGACAAUAGUGAACAUGUUGGCGGAGAUAUUGUUAUCACUUGUACCCAGAAAGGAAUAUGGAACAAGAAUAUUCCUCACUGUCGGCCAAAGUGCCCGGAACCAGCGCAGCUCACAGAAGGAACAGGAACCCAGCACACAACCCUCUCCUCCGUCACAACAACAUGUCACGUGACCCAUAUUCUGGUCGGCUCAGCGGCCCGAGAGUGUGGGGAGGAUGGGCAGUGGAGCGGGGACCCGGCCUCUUGUCAUACUGGUUCCUGUGAUCUAGUGACGUGUCCGGCGUAUUUCAAGUGUGGUUCUGGAGAUGGAUUUGCUAAAUGUGUUCAGUUUAUAGAGUCGGACUUUGAAGACUUCUUAUCAGCUUGUCUUCAACGCAUUCAAUACGAGGAUGAUUGUGAUAAAGAAAUUGCAGAGAUCGAAGACCUCAUACCCGAUUCUUUCAUCCAUAGUUUUGCUAACUCGAUAUUAAAGGUAAAACUGGAUGGCAAUACUCAGCCCUACUUUAUCAGCAAGAAGUUUUUAAGGAAGAUUACCCCAAGAGAAAAAGAAUUCUCGGAACAGUUCAUGACAAUGAUAAUAAAGAUAGUAGAGCACUACACAGAACAUAUCGAAACCUUGUUAUACCGAGAGAACAGGGAGGUUCUUGUCGCGAAGUGUAUGCUGAUGAUAAACUCAAAUAUCAGAGCUAUUCAGCACAAGAACACAGAAGAAAGACCUACAAGAACCAAAAAAGAAGCACGGCAGGCCUGGCUAGAUGCCAGCAAGAAGCAUAGAAAUAACCCCGGAAAAAAGGAAACAAAGAAUCCUGCUUACUCUGGUAUACAUUCUGGAUUAUGUUAACCCUCAAGCAGGUGGCUCAAAGAUUAAUGCAAAAUUUGAUCGCAUCGGAAAAAGAUGAAUUGUAGCUUUUUAUUUUAAUUUAGGGUAUCAACGUUUAUUAAUGAUUAAACAAUUUUGCUUUUACAUUUUAAAAGAUUACCACACCGUUUAUUUGAUGAAAACAUUUUUAGAUCGUGUAUCUUUGAAAAUUUUAAACUUUGUUAAUAUAAUUUAUUAAA